ACCAGGGUUGGGUUCCACCUCUGGGUGAGGAUCACCAGGGUUGGGGCUCACCCCUGGAUAAAGUUGACCAGGGAUGAGGUCUGCCUCUGGGUGAGGGUUGCUGGGGUUGGACCCCAUCUCCAGGUAAGGGUCUUUGGUAGCCCUUAUGCCUGGCUGCCAAAGCCAGGAGCAGGAACCUGUCAGGGGUGAUGAUCCCCGGGUCACCCAGCUCAGUGUCACCCAUGCCAUCCGUUCUGCAGGUAUCAGGGCCACCUUCACCCCCUGGCCAGGCACAGCUGAGGUGUUGACCACUGGAGUGCCAGCAGCCAAGUGCUCAGGCCAGGGGCCAGGUGAGCAGCCCCAGGGACGCCCUUCCCACGCCCCAGGCCAAGGGAGGAAGCGGCCGGAGGCAGGAAGCCGUCCCCCGGGCCCGGGGCCCCCGCUGCAGUUUUGCUUGAAGGUCAGCGGCGACACAACAGGAAAUCGCGCUGCCUCGGCUGGGCGGCCAGGCCGGAGCCGGAGCGCCGCGCCGUGCUGUCCUGUCCCGGGGGCAAUCCCGGCCCCCGGCCCUCCAUUCCCGCUGGGCAGCUCGCGGGGAGCCCGCGCCACCACCGCCCUCCAUGGAAGGGGGACGGGAGGCAGGGAGCAGCCGCUGGCCCCAGGGUGGAAGAUGCAGGGCCGAAGCCCCCAGCUGAGCAUGGAGCUGAACAGACUGCUCCUCCUCACAUCCUUUCUCCUGCACAUGGAAGAGGGCCAUGCCAGCUCAACACGGCUGGUCUGCGACAACAGACUCAUACAGAAGUACAUUGGGGAGGCCAAGGACAUGGAGAAGAAAGUGGGCGAGUGCCAGGUGCUGCCUGCACUCAGCUGUCCCGCAGUGCUGCCCUUGGUGGACUUCAGCCUCCAGCAGUGGAAAUCCAAAUCGAACGAGACCAAGCGGCGGGAGAUCCUGUGUGACAUGGCACUGCUGGUGGGAGCUGUGGUGGGUGCUCAGGGCCAGGUGAACGAGCCGUGCGGGGCCAGGCAGCUGAGCCAGCUUUACCAACACGCCAACUCCUUCCUCCUGCUCCUGCAGACCUUCAGCUGGGAGGCAGGACCCUGGGAGCCAGGCUGCUCCCCACGCUCCAUGGAGCAGACCCACAUCACUGGCAUCUUCCUCACUUACCGACAGCUGGUGCAGGGCAAGCUGCGCUUCUUCUUCCACGACCUGGCAAAGGACUUGUGCAAGCAAGGCCAGGCAGGUGGCACAGACCCUCGGUGCAGGGCCCGAUGAGGCUGUGCAUAGGGCUCACAGCCAGAUGCCCAGCUGUGCUCUGGGUACCCAGGAAGGUGCCCACAGGGAAAGGGUCAGCUGUUGUUUAAGCCUGCUGUGCCCACGCAGCCCAUGGAGACAGACAGCAGCAACACCCACGCAGUGGGCACAUGCUCUGCUCCCACCCAGGCAGGCACCUCUACUGUGAAUGCUUUACAAUUAAAGAGCUAUUUUUAUAA